ACACUGAAAACACAUGUAUGACACAGAGGUGAGAGAUUGUUUCUAAGUGUGAAGUACUCACAAGUGUGGUGUAAAUCAACGGGGUUCAUCCAUCUCACCUGAGAAUAAGAUCACACAUAAAUCGACUGAUACUGAACGCGAGAUUAGUUUCCAUUCUUUGAAAUCGGUGAUUGAUGUGUGUGUUUGUGGCGGAUGCGCAGUUUGCGGAACUUUUGUGUGCAUCUGUCUGGAGUCCUGCUUUUGCGCUGUUUGUGCAUAUGCUCAUAUUUAGUUGCGACUGUCAUUUGUAAAGGUAAUAAUUCAUACAUGUUCAUCCGUCUGGUGUUUAAGGGUUAAAGUGCUGAGAUGUUCUGGGUGUUCUGACAUGCGUAAAUAUGUGGAAGUUACAGAGAACCAAUCAGAACGCAAUGCAUCUGUCUGAUUGACCAAUGGGAGUGUGUUGUGGGGUCAGUGUGAGCCGCAGGUGAAGUGGAUAGUAGCGCAGUGUGUUCACUCAUACUCGUGAAUGCGCAUCCACUAAACUCCCGUUACGCGGGGCGCGAUGCGACUAAACUCCCGCUACGGAGCUCAAUCUCCUCCGGAACCUCAUCUGGGCCGUUCAGCUCCGUUCUUCUGCACUCAGCAGUGACUUUUCUGGCUUCAAAUGGCUGUGCGCGGUACCUCUCUGAUGCCGUUCUCCAUUCAAGCCAUUCUGAACAGGAAAGAAGAGUCUCGCCGUUUAAAGGAUCUGGAUGUGUGUUUCUCAAAACGUGCGUGUUGGAAAAUCCUCGAUGAAAUGGACGGACCGGACCGGAGCGACGAGAGAGAGCAGAAGAACUAUGACUCAGACUCCGGGUUGAGUGAAGAGAACGACACCAAAGUUCCAAUCGAUUUAAAGCCCGAAAAAGACGAAACGGAUCACGAAUCCACGGCGGCCGAUCACGGCAAAGGCCUGAGCGACUGUGUGUCCGAUUGUAAUACGGUUGAGGAGAAGAGCAGCGAUCAGCCCAAGCAGCGGAAGAAGCGUUCCCGUGCAGCGUUCUCUCACGCGCAGGUGUUCGAGCUCGAGCGGCGCUUUAAUCACCAGCGCUAUUUAUCCGGACCGGAGCGCGCGGACCUCGCGGCCUCUCUCAAACUUACCGAGACUCAGGUCAAGAUCUGGUUCCAGAACCGACGGUAUAAAACCAAACGGCGCCAAAUGGCAGCCGAUCUCCUGGCCUCGGCCCCGGCGGCGAAGAAAGUGGCCGUGAAAGUGCUGGUCCGGGACGACCGGAGACAGUACAGCCCCGGGGAACUGUUGCGACCGCCGCUACUCUCACUGCAGCCGCAUUAUUAUUACCCGUACACGUACUGCCUGCCCGCCUGGAGCCCGUCCUCCUGCACUGGAACCCAGUGACACCAGAACACUCCUCAUAUUUAUUCUAUUCAACUGAAAACACCGAGGAGACAAAAAUGGACUGAAACCAAGAACUGAUUUCAGUUUUGGUGCUAAUAAACUCGAUUAGGAUUUAAUUCAGAAUGUAUGGAAAAAAAAGCACUUGAUGUCGUUACUGCAUGUUUCUUGCUGCAGUUUUUAAGGUGACGGUAAGACUGGCACUUUUCCCAUCACAUGCCCAUCAGGAAUAUAUUGAUCUGAAGGUUUUAUAAGUGAGCCGUGAAAUCUCAUCGUUUACUCAACAUGUACCUGUUUUCCAUGUUUUGUUUA